UUCCUAUCAGAAGAAACUUCGCCUGAUUUAGAAGACAAGACAACGAAUUUAUUUGUCUCAAAAAAUAGCUCUGAAUGUACGAAAGACCAUAAGUCUAAGGAUUUUGAAGAAAACGAUAGACAUAGUGAAAAGCAGGAUUCAGUGAAAGUUAACUCACGAAAAGAAUUUUAUUUGCGCGAAAAUGAAAUCAAGAUAGCUAAAAGUACUGGAGUCGGCAUUGGUGAUGGAAAAUUUGGAGCAUAUCUUAUGGACCUCCUGAUUUCAAAAUCACCAGAUAAAAAUACUCUGAAUGGUAUGACUAUCGCUAUGUUUGAUUUUCAUUCGAUACGUUUUGCUGAGCGGUUAUUAAAUGCUGGUGUGUCAAGUCUUUCCAUUGUUGAAACGUCGCAGAAUGAAGCACAAAAAGCCAAGGUUUAUAUGUUUGCGAGAUAUUAUUCAUAAAG